CAGGGCCCAGGAUGGCGCUCUCAGUGAUGGGGCUCAUCGUCUGCUGCCUCCUGCAAACCAUCCUCUCACUGAACCCCGAGGACCCCAACGUGUGCAGCCACUGGGAGAGCUAUGCCGUGACUGUCCAGGAAUCGUACGCACACCCCUUUGACCAGAUCUACUAUACACGAUGCACAGACAUCCUCAACUGGUUCAAGUGCACCAGGCACCGGAUCAGUUAUAAGACGGCGUAUCGGCGUGGGCUCCGGACCAUGUACCGGCGGAGGUCGCAGUGCUGCCCUGGCUACUACGAGAAUGGAGACUUCUGCAUACCCCUGUGUACAGAGGAGUGUGUGCAUGGCCGCUGCGUUUCCCCGGACACCUGCCACUGUGAGCCCGGCUGGGGAGGGCCCGACUGCUCCAGCGGUAAGUCUGGGGUCUUUGGGGCUUGGCUGGGACCCUGGCUCUGGCUUGGGGGGAGCCGUGCCGUGUGCAGGCUGCCUUCUUUGUCCCGGGCUUGAGCUGCCUAGGCGAUUGUGGGCAUCAAGGAAGAAACAGACCACAGUUUAGUACAUGAUGGUACUU